AGGGAUGACCAGAGACUGCGGACACAGUACAGGGAUGACCAGAGACUGCGGACACAGUACAGGGAUGACCAGAGACUGCGGACACAGUACAGGGAUGACCAGAGACUGCGGACACAGUACAGGAGAUGACCAGAGACUGCGGACACAGUACAGGGAUGACCAGAGACUGCGGACAGUACAGGGAUGACCAGAGACUGCAGACAUAGUACAGGGAUGACCAGAGACUGCAGACAGUACAGGAGAUGACCAGAGACUGCGGACACAGUACAGGAGAUGACCAGAGACUGCGGACACAGUACAGGAGAUGACCAGAGACUGCGGACACAGUACAGGAGAUGACCAGAGACUGCGGACACAGUACAGGAGAUGACCAGAGACUGCGGACACAGUACAGGAGAUGACCAGAGACUGCGGACACAGUACAGGAGAUGACCAGAGACUGCGGACACAGUACAGG